UCCUCCUCCUCUUCCUCCUCCUUCUCCUCUGGAGAGAAAGCCGAGGCAGGGGGCUGGUCUGGAGCAAGAGCGCCUUGAAGCCACACGCCAGUCGCCGGCCCACCCCAUAGUGCCAGGCCUUGCCUCCUCCAGGGUGGGGCCUUCCUAAGGACAGGGAACAUGAGCUGGGUGCGCGAGCUCGCCUUCACAGGGCGCCAGUUUGACGCAAGCGAGGCGUCACGCUUUGGCUUCGUCUCGCACGUCGCCGUGGACCAGUCCUCUCUGCGGGAGGCCGUGAGCAAGCUGGCGAGCGCGAUAGCAAGCAAGUCGCCCGUGGCACUGCGUGCGACGAAGGAGAUGUGCUGCUACGCCGAGGGGCAUGACCCGGACGAGUGUAUGCACUACGUCAGGACUCGGGGCCCAAGGCACGGAGGUCAAUGCAAACGGGGGUCAGUCAGAGCGCCGGAUCUUGCAGGGUCCUGCAGGGCCAGGGGUGCAAUGACCCGGGUCAGGGCGCAGGAUCCUGCAGGAUCGUACAGGAUACUGCAAGGUCCGACGUUCCCGGGUUUGGAUGGACCCGGGUCAGUGGAUUCCCGAAGGACGCUCAAUGGCGCCAUGCUGCAGACCAACGAUGUGAUGACGAGCGUCCAGGCCUUCAUGACGAAGCAGCCUGCCACGUACUCGAAGCUGUGAGAUAGUGGGCAUCCGGCACUCGCGGUCUUCGUUGGAGGUGGAGGAGAAAUGAGGAAGACCAGUGCAAACCCACGAUCCACCAACCGCGACGGUUGUGCCAUGAGGGUUUUAGAUCGCGCCCAAAUACGUUUCACGAUUACUGC